AUGUCCUCUUCAAUAGGCGGACUCGUCUUGACGAUAGUCUCGCUCCUGCUGCUCGUCCCACAAAUCUCAGCCCAGACGUCAUCCGCAACGACUCCCUCGUCGAGCUCAAAUGGCAGCACCACGCCCUCGACCAAUUCCCCAACCCUGACACCCACAGCUGCCUCGUCGACAGCCCCCGACGUGUACCUGAACGUGCCUACCCUCUCGGUCGGACGCAUUGAACUAGACGUCGACGACCUGCGCGCGGACAUCAACCUCAACGCCCAGGUCGCCAACCUGGUGACACUGAACGCCGGCGUCGCCGUCUCCAUCCAGGAAGUCAAUCUCACAAUCUCAGACGUCGACGCCAACCUCGAGCUGAUCGUCCGGUUGGGCCACCUGGUCGACAUCGUGAACCGGGUGUUUGAAUCCCUCGACCUCAACCCUCUCCUCAUCUCGACCAUCAACAACGUCACCUCCCUGCUUGAACCGAUUGUCGGCGCAGUUGAUGGCCUGCUCGGCUCUAUCACGCAGGGUGGAACGACCCUGUCCUUUUUGAUCGACAAUCUGGGAAAUAUCGUCCAGGAGGUCGGCGGCGUGAGCUCCAUUGUCGGAAACUACGUGUCAAACAUGACGGACACGGGCGUUAGCAAGACGCUCUCGGGCGGGCUGGUCCAGAAGACGUUCUCUUACGCGCCGCUGAAUGCACUCGUGGAUAUUGUCUUCAACACCGCAGGGCAGGUCGUGCAGGCGUCGGUGCAGAAACAGAAUGGCGGAGGAGGAGGAGGCAGUGGGGGCUCUACGAGUACUACUAGUGUGGCAAGCACGACUGGUUCGUCGAAGCCCGCGUCGAGUUCGACAGCUGCGCGAGUUGUGAACCCCACGAGGAGGUAG